CCCGAUCGGCAAGGGUUUAUGAUGGGGUGUGCUCUAUGGAUCUGGGUCUUGUUGGCGGUGGCCCUUCCUAUCUGCCACACUUGUCUCCUUUUUGGUCUGAAGCGAAGAUUGAGGGAACACGAGCAGCGGGAGCAGCGCUUCCAGCAGCGGCAGGCCCGCUUUGAGCAGCUCGCCGAGCAGCAGGAGCAGUGGUUCGAGCAGCGGGAAAAGCGGUUUGAGGAGCGCCAACAGCAGCGGUUUGAGGAGCGGGAACAGUGGCUCGAGCAGCAGGAACAGUGGCUCAACCAGCGGGAACAGCAGUUUGAUGAGCCCAACCGGUCCAGUGCACUGGAGUAG